AUGGCUUCCACAAGUGCUGAUUCACAAUGCACUAUAGCUCAAAAGACUUGGACAAUGGCGAAUAACAUCGAAACAGUUUCAAGUGUGGACGAAAUAUAUCGCUAUGACAAAAAGCAACAACAAGACAUUCUCAUAGCUAAACCAUGGGAGAAAGACCCACAUUUUUUUAAAGACAUCAAAAUAUCGGCCCUUGCAUUGCUGAAGAUGGUUAUGCACGCAAGAUCUGGCGGUACUUUGGAAGUUAUGGGAUUAUUAUUAGGUAAAGUUGAUGCCAACACCAUGAUAGUAAUGGAUUCUUUUGCUCUUCCUGUGGAAGGCACUGAAACUAGAGUGAAUGCACAAGCUCAAGCCUAUGAAUACAUGACUGCUUAUAUUGAGGCAGCUAAACAGGUGGGCAGACAUGAAAAUGCUAUUGGUUGGUAUCACAGCCACCCUGGGUAUGGUUGCUGGUUGUCAGGCAUCGAUGUGUCCACUCAGAUGCUUAAUCAGAACUUCCAAGAGCCGUUUGUGGCUAUCGUCAUAGAUCCAGUCAGAACCAUAUCAGCUGGCAAAGUGUGUCUCGGAGCUUUUAGGACUUAUCCUAAGGGCUACAAACCAGCAAAUGAAGAGCCAUCCGAAUAUCAAACAAUCCCACUGAACAAGAUAGAAGAUUUUGGUGUUCAUUGCAAACAAUAUUACUCAUUAGAAGUGUCCUACUUCAAGUCAUCCCUUGAUCGGAGGCUGUUAGACUCACUAUGGAACAAAUAUUGGGUCAACACUCUGAGCAGUUCCAGCCUGAUAACCAAUGCCGAUUAUACUACUGGACAGAUAUUUGACUUGUCUGAUAAAUUGGAGCAGAGUGAAGUCAGUUUGGGUCGUGGUGGUUUUAUAGUUGCUGGUGCAGAUCCUCACGAGAAGCGCACCGAAGAUAAACUCGGUAAGGCGACCAAAGACGCGUGCAAAACUACUAUCGAAGUCAUCCACGGCUUGAUGGCUCAGAUGAUAAAGGACAGACUGUUCAACAGUGUCAGCGGAAGACCUUCUCCCGCUACUCCUAUGAUAGAAUAAUUUACUUUCGAGAUUCAAUAGUAUUGCAAGAUGUAUUGAGAUGGAAGAAAUUGUAACCUCUUUUGUGAUAAGUGAAUAAAAGUUUUUGAAAUAUG